GCAUACUUUUUUGGCCAACAACUGUGCUCUCUCCGAAACCCUGGAGUUGUGAGUACGGAAGUUGUACCACAUCCUUCAAGCUCGAGACAAGGGUGCUGAGACCAGAUCCACACACGAUUCCGAUGCGUGGCUUCAACAAGCGAGGAUCGGUAACCAAACGCGAGAUGGUUUCGAGAGUUUGCGCGAAUGGAAGUACUGGGGUGGAUAGAACGUGACUCGUAUUAUGAUUUGAUCUCCUGCCACUGAUAAGCGUCCGGAGCUUCAUGCAGCCAUUAUUGCUAUUGCAUUGAGAUAAAGACGAACGAACUCAUCGAACUGGCCAAGCUUGCCGAUCAUUGGCUGCGGCCGAACAACGACACGGAUAAUCGUUACAGUGAUGGCAUGUCAACAAGCCUGGGCCUGAGAUGCCAAGCAUGCUCCAAAGAAGCAUGGUUUCAAUUGGUCUGCUACGCACUUCAUGCUCUACGCCUAACCAUGAACAAGCUCAGAAAGCCCAAGCCACCCGCCACGAUAUACAGCCCACCGUCAAGUAUCCAAACAGCUCGAUCUGACAUUCAUAAUAACAACCAACAUUUGGUCUCUGAAUCUGUUCAAAGUAAACCUCCAGUAUCGAGAACGAUGCAGAUCGCGAGUGCCUCACUUGCUGUGGAAAGAAUCUCUACCGCUAAGAACACGCUGGAAUAUCCUAAGACGACAUGGUACUCUGCACCUGCUGCUGCCAAGCCUCGCACAUCCGUGGCUGAAACGGUGCUGACAACACGUGUUCAGUAUCAGAAGGAAAUGACAGACGUGAGGCUAGGGAAGGAAGAGAAGCAGACGCUUGCGGCUCUCAUGCGGGCGAGCGAAGAACGGCAGAGCAGGCUCGAAAAGUUCGUCGUAGCCCUUUUAGCAUGUUUUACACUUCUCUUCCUUGCGUUAAUUUAUAUACUGCUGCGUGAUUCCCCGAAAUCGAAGGGUGCCUCGCACUUUACGAUACCGAUCCUCUCCCCGUUUACUUCAGUGGUGAGCUUCGUUAAUUGCCGUUGCGAAGUUGGCAUCAUUUCAAACGGAACUAUUACCAGGUUCGAACAUGAAACAGGCAUCAUCAGUGCGAGAUCCGUGUCAUUCUUCAUUCUCGUCGUAGGCAUCUUAUCAUAUGCCUAUCUUCCGACAUUGGUUGUCAAAAAAAAGAUAGCCCCCAUGGUACAAGAUUUAGGUUGUAAUUCAAGACGUGGCUGACGUAGCCAUGAGAACGGUAACUUCGCUUCCCAGCGCAAAGUAGGGCUAGGCUAUGGGAGGGGCUAUUUUUUGCAAAGGGCACGUGUAUGCGAUACUGGCGGUUUGCAUGCCCAUUCCUCGUGCGCAUCGAGUCCAAGUCGACUUCAAGACUGUGAGCACGCAUAGGAAUUCAAGUCGACUUUAACAGAGCACGAAUAACUAGUACUAUAGCUAGUAGUACUUACUUAAUGGAGGAUGACUGAAAAAUUAAA